UCUGAAUCUUUAGCCCUCCUGAAUAACACUGGACUGACUGGGCCUUAAUGCGCCAUAAACAAGAAGUUCGCCAUAGCGAGCUUUUCUAGUGCUAAAAACAUUUAUCACAGUCAGAACGGUUUGGACUAUACGCUCAGUUCUACAGCGGAGUAGGUCAGAGGUACAAAGCUAAGUUAAAUCUGUACACUUUUGAGCUCGUUGCGUGGAUAAAAAGAAAGUAAACAGCUAGCUAGCCCGCAGUGUGUCGUCAGUGUCGCUCAGUAAUGUAAAUAAGCAGUAAUUAUUUAGUUUAGCUAACUUGGCUUGGAGAUCGAUUCGAAUCGCGAUUGAAAGCUGUUUUAAACCGAGGAAAUCACGAAAGAUGCCGGAGCUCGAAGUCAGAGGUCCAGAGGGGUUCAGCCCCAGAAGGCGGCGGCGCAGUCGCUCCAGCAGUCCGGCCAGUGAGGCGAGUCCAGCGGCCAAGAGCUCCAGACACGACGGUCCUGAAGAGCGGUCAGCGAGGUGGACAGACGGCAAAGACCGGAGCAGAAACCGUUUCAGGACCGGGAGCUCCCGCAGCAGGUCGAGGUCCAGGUCAAGGGAACGGGAGAAGUUAUCCUGGGACAGAGGACACAGAGGAUCCGACUACUAUGAUAAGAGGGACGAUGCUCAGCGACAAAGACAAGAAGCUUUCAUCGCCAGGCGUUUGCAAGAACGGGAGAGGAUUGGUGAACUGGGUUGUCCUGAGGUCUGGGGCUAUUCACCAAGAGUCAGAGAACCUGACUCAGAUGAACACACUCCUGUUGAAGAGGAUGUGAAAAACAGCAGCUCGGAUUCCAGUUCAGAAGAGGAAAGAAAAAAGAAGAAGAAAAAGAAGAAGAAAUCAAAGAAAAAGAAAGCCCGGAAGCACUCUGAGGAAAGCGAGUCUGAAAGUGACUCUGAGGAAGAGGUGAAAAAGAAGAAAAAGAAGAGGAAAAGUAAAAAGAAGAAAUCAAAGAAGAAGAAGGCUAAGAAGAGCAGAAAAGAGUCCAGCAGUUCCAGCAGCGAUCAGUCUGCAGAAGAAGAAGAGGAUAUGAAUGAAGAGCUGUGGGUUGAGAAAACUGCUCUGGAUGAACAUGUUUUUGGACCUGAAGCACCGUUAACUCACCUGUCACAGGAUGAUAAACCAUUAGAUUUUGGUCAUGCUCUGCUACCCGGUGAAGGUGCUGCCAUGGCAGAGUAUGUUAAAGCAGGAAAGCGUAUUCCAAGAAGAGGUGAAAUUGGUCUGACCAGUGAGGAGAUUGCAGAAUUUGAGAAGUCUGGCUAUGUGAUGAGUGGAAGCAGACAUCGGCGUAUGGAGGCUGUGCGUUUGAGAAAGGAAAACCAGAUUUACAGUGCAGACGAGAAGAGGGCCCUUGCAUCCUUCAACCAGGAGGAAAGGAGAAAACGGGAAUGUAAAAUUCUUUCCAGCUUAAGGGAAAUGGUGUACAGGAAGACUAAAGGCAAAGAAGAGAAGUAGACUGUCAAGCACAGUGCUAACAUUAAAGUUUGUCAGCCUUCUUUUUCUUUGAAUCAUAAUUUAGUGGACAUUCUUCGUGCUGAAUGUUGAUUUUAUGGUUUCUUCUAAGUCCUUGCCCUACAAAAUAUAGUGAGAUAUUCAUAAAUCAAAGCUUUCAUGUAUUUUUGUUAUUUUUUUUCUCAAAUAAAGAGUGAGUCAAUAUUCUAAAGAUUGUCUGUUGUAUUAGGGUUUAGAAAAGUUUUCCUGACACAUCUCUUUAAUCAUCUAUUUAAUUAAAUGUUGUGAAUAAAAACAUUUAAUGUACUAAUAAAUCUGCAAACUCGGAAAAUCAA